CACCUGUUGCGCUGAGGUAAAGCAGUCAAUUAAUCUACUUUUCGUGUCCAAGUUAGCCAAGGAGUGUUCCGACUCCAUUGAGCCAAGAAAGAGGAUUAUUUCGUUGCUGUUUUCGUCAGGCUGUGAGUUUUGUGUUAAUAAUUAUAUUUCUUCAAGUGGAGGACCCCAAGCAAUACACUUUUAUUUCGUGGUGGCUGCGCCAGAUAUACAAAAGACAGAAACAAGAUGUCUCAAGAUCGGACUGGGCCGAUAGUUCACGUCCGUGAGAACAGCGACACAGAGCUAGAGGCUCUGUUCAAUAUAGCCAUGAACCCGUCGCUCUCCGAGACACACAACAAAACCGUUCCAUUACGGAUGCGGAAUCUACCCGCAUCUUUCUUUCGCCCUCCUGAGCCCCCAAAACAGAUGCAGCAGCCAUUGGGGGUGAGUAAAGACAACACCAUUGACGCACCCGGUUACCACGGGGCAGUUAACUCGUCAUCAAUGAACAUUGCACAUACGAGGGCUCACUCGUCCCCGGCCAGUUUACAACAGAGUCUGAGCGCAGCCCCUCCACCCCCUCCCACAUCCCACGUCCGGCAACACAGUUACGAUGCAUUGGAUGAACAGCCUUUGCCUGCAGGAUGGGAUAUGGCCAAAACACCCCAGGGUCAGAGGUAUUAUUUAAAUCACGUGUUACAGAUAACUACCUGGAAUGACCCACGCAAAACUCACAGUACAAACCCAGCUACAAUCUCCAGCAGCAACAACAACAACAACAAUACCACAACAAGUAACCUCAACAGUCUGCCGCAGACUGGAAGUCCUGCCCCUUCCACCCAGCCCACACUUACAGCCCCCAUCAAUGUGGACAAAGUUCCCUUACCGCCGGGCUGGGAGAGGGCCUAUACAGCUGAGUGUGAGGUGUAUUUCAUCAACCAUAUUGAACGCACUACGAGCUGGUUUCAUCCUUCAAUACCUGUACACUUACAACGGCCAGGUAUGAAGUUUCAAUCCCAGAAUGCAACCAGUGGUUCAAACCUCCUCACAUCACAGCAGGAUCAGUUGAAACAGUUGAAGCUACAGCAACUCCAGAUGGAACAGGAAGCUCUGAAGAAGAGACAAGAUGAGAUAGCAAGACAGGAAAUGGCUUUGAGAGCCCAGGUAGGUGAGUCUGUCUUGGGUACACCAGGAGAUAUUACAUCUCUCUCACAGUCAAGUGAACUGACCACUGACCCCUUCUUCGGACAAACUGGUACUUCUGAUCAUCAUUCUAGGCAAGAGAGUGCAGAUAGUGGAUUGGGUGGAAUGGGCACAAGUUACAGUCUCCCACGGACGCCAGAUGAUUUUCUCGGGAACAUGGAAGAUAUGGACACUCAAGAUGGAGGCCCUAAACUGUCAGGGCAAUCAGAUUUCGGCAGCAUGGAUAUGGGUGGAGUCAGCGAUGUUGGGGACCACCUCAACAUGGACUCUGAUGACUUGGUGCCUAGCUUACAAGAAGAAAUCAGCAGUGAACUCCUGAAAGACGUGGAGAAAGUUUUAGGCAACAAAGACCAUCCUUUGACAUGGUUGUGAGAUCCAUCCAUUGACUCUUCUCUAUAUUCUGAUACAAUGCGUAAAAAAAGAAAAGCACAUGUUUGCGCAUCACUCCUGGUUGGCUUACGAAAAAACAAAAAGAAGCAAUUUUGUACGCAAAUAUAACAGACAUUUUGUGCACUGCGGACAUUAUUAUCCUGGUUUCAUACAAAUAUUGUUAAUUAUGUAAUUACCAUCAAAACCUGAAUUUGUUUUCCUACGUAUUACUUUGAUUUUCUUAGCUCAUGUUUACGUUCAUAUGGUUGUCAAAUAUUUACUUUUUUUUUUUUUUUUUUUUUGUACCCUAUGAGUUAGUCUAUUAAGAAAACUCUGUUACUAAAGGCUGGUUGUUGAACUUAACAUUUUUUUUUGUUCUUUGAACUUGCCUGUGUACCUCAUAUUUCUAAUGUACAAAACAAAAAAAAUGACAAUAUUGUAUUAUCUUUUUCUUUCCUCUUACUUCUCUAUUAUAAACACACUACUGUAUUUUAAUUUUUCUGCUUGAAGAAUUUAUUUGAAAAAAAAAAAAAUUAUUAAAGAUUAUCCAGUGUUGAGGGUGGGUGAGACUUUGGUAUGUUUUUAUGAUCUUAAGACUUGUUACAGUACUAUGUCUACAGUGGACAGUUGACAGAGUGGGGCACUCUGAAUGGUUGUGCAAAAUAUUUUGUGUUAAGAAAAACAACAUUUUAUCUCCAUACUAUGCAUCUAUCACACCCUGAGUCAUUUUUGUUAUGAUUUUUCAUGGAUCUGUUAAUUCUUUCAUUCAUCUAUUUGUUUUUUUUUUAAUCAGCAUUGGCAUAUUCAUCAUAAAAUUGAAAAAUAAAAAUGUUACAAAUAAAUUUAAAACGUAUACAUAUUUAAAAAAAUUAUAUAUAUAUAUAUUAUAUAUAUAUAUAUACAUAUAUACAGCUUAUAUUUUUUUACUCUAUAUUUGACCCAUCAUGUGUUGUGUGUUAACCAUUCGCUAAUACCAUGUAUCUUUGUUGAUAGCUAAAUACAGUGCCCCACACCCUUUUUUUUUAAUAUCAGGACAAAUAUGUUUGUUGCAAGCUCUGUGGAUACCAGAACUGUGAACUUUUAUGUGAUUCUUAUUGUUCAGGCCUGCAGGGAUUAUUAUUAUUAUAGACACAGUUGAAAUGUUUUUGAAUAUAAACAGAUUUAGGGAAACCCUCAGCUGAUCUCCCCUUUCCUUGCACCCUGAUUGCAUUUUUUUUUAUUUGCAGAUAAAUUUUUAGAUAAAUUGUAGCAAUAAUCACUGGAUGAAAUUACUGCUUUCUAGUAAUGGAUACACUUGUUUGUGAUAUUUUGUUUAUAUAUAUUUUUGUCAACAUGUCUAUGCACUAAUUUUCAUCGAUUAAAAAAACUUUAGAUGAGACCUCUACAAGUUUGAUGGAUUUAAAAUAUUUUUAUUUCUAAGUAACUGAAAUUUGAUAUAGUCUAGCUUUCUUUUUCUGGUAGAAAUGUAUGCUUAAGGUCAUGAAACUUUGACGCACAUGUAUCCAACACAUGUACCUAAUUGAUGACAUUUUUGUUUUUCAAAACACAAAAACAAAUAAUGUACGCUUGUAACCCUUUUUAAAAAUACACUUCUCCCUGUAUUCAUUUCUUUAGUGAUUGAAAUCUUGAUUUAAGUCUUAAUUUGUAGGCCUUUGGUUUGCAUAAAGUUUUCUAUGCAAUUUUUUAAUCUCAAUUUUUUUUUGUUUAUUUACAUACAUGAAAUUUUUUCAUUAAAAAUGGCAAGAAAAUAAUAAUUAUUUAUUGAAAUGUUUGUAGAUUUUUAAAUUUUUGUCUUUGAAACUGGCCUGUUGUGUUCUAGUUGACACACAAUGAAAUCAAGGUGUUUUUCUAUUUAUAGUGGGAGAAGCAGGGGAUUGGUUCUACUAUGUCCUCAUGUUGCUGUUGCUCUGUUUCUUGUUGUGCAGGACACCUGUCCUUCCUGUUAUUGUAGCUGUUGUUGAACGUGUACUGCUGAAAACAAUUUGGUUAGCAAAUUUUCAAAGGGUGAUAAUCCAUUCAUGGUCAGUCUGGAAUUUAUUUUGUUUUGUAUGUGUCCAUACACUGGAACAGUUCUUUCAAAAGUGUAGCCAUGAUUCUAAUAUGGUUUUACAAGCUAUGUUGUUUGUUUCUCUGACCUUUAACCUAGACAAGGAAAUAUAGCUCUCUGUCCAAUACUGUGCUUUAUGACCUAUGAGAUAUAUUUACAUAUAUAUACAUAUAUGCUAUAAAAAUGAUUUGUUAUGCUUUUUUAAAGAAAUAAACCCUUUACUAUAGACGUUUCUCUUACAUUCUUUUCCCGUGUAUGAACUACAAGUAUUUAAACGAAGUCAAUACUGUUGUAAUUAAUUCAAUCCCAUGUAUACCAUUAACUGUAGCUAAGCUGAAGCCUUUCCUUUUUCUCUCUCUUAUCUUGGCACUUGGGUUUGUUUGCUCCUUUCACCUCUCCAUGUUUCCAUGAUUGAAAUGGUUAUGAAGAAAGAUGUCCCAUGAACUAAAAGACACUUGAAACUAAUUCCAUUACCCUCUUUGGGCAGCACCUGGUUGUCAUCAUCAUCAUUGUCAAAUCAAUAUUUGAAUGAACAUUGAUGCGUUUUUAUUAUGCUGUUGACAUUUUUUUCUUUUUCCGUACAAAAGAAAAAGAUGGUACAAGUUUUUAAACAUGUCUUGGUUUAAAUUUUUCUGUUGUUCUGGAUUAUUGUCUGAAAUUGACAAAUAUUUAUUAUGAAAAAAAAAUAAUAUUGCUCUAAUGCGAGCAUUUGAAUGUAUAAUUGAACUUAGUAUGGUAUUGGUAAAUUUUAAAAAAAUUAAAUCUCUACUGACGCAACCUGAUUUUGAAGUAUCCAUUCAAAGUUGUACAGUACUUGUAGGAAAAAACAACAACCUAACUCUUGUUCUUUGUACUGGAAAUAAAAAUAUGUUUGUGUAUUUGUUUUCUAGCUGAGGUUGUCCUCCAGUUAUUCACUUCUUCACAAUAUUGACUGCUUCUAUUAAACUGGUCUACUCUAGUGUCUUCUUUUUGCUUGUUCAUUAGUUAAUAGAGGAAAAAAAGAGUCAUUGUAUUGACUGUGUCCAUUGUUUCGUGAAUUCCUUUAAAUAGUUUAAAGCUUUGUCUAGGCUAGUAAAAAAGUUUUCAGCAACUUUCCAUUACAUAACUAAAAGAAAAAUUCAAACAUGCCCUCCAGUUUAUUCAUGUUUCCAAAUUUUAACUUAGGAUUUCUUAAAAAUGAAUUCCAUGAUUUGAAUUAACAUUUAUUCUUUUCUUUUUCUAUUUAUUGUAUACACAAGCAAUAUUUUAUAUGCAUAUCAGUGGUUCACAAAAGUUGCCUCCCUUACUUUUCAUUAUUUUGUCCAUUCAAUUCUAUAGUAGUGUUCAUUGCAGAACCAGUUCAGAAGUCAAUGUUGUGGAUUAGUUGAUGUAUGUUACUCAUUCAAAGGUGAUUCAUGCUCAUACUAUUUAUAAUAAAGCACAUACAUGUUUUAGGGAGAGGUCAUUAGAAAUGUUUUCUGCAUGCCUCAUAACUCAAACUAGACUGUGUUACAACACCCACACAGAAAGUCUUAGUCAAAUACUGGAUUUAAAAAUUUGUUUUUACACACUUUUGUUGUGACCUAUAUAAAACUUUCGCUAAAAUGCUUGCCAACAGCAUUUUGAACAUUUUUUGAGGUUUCGUAUUUCGAACAAUGUUGGAUUUCCUAAUUGAGCAAAGUGGAUGGAAACACAAUCUUGAUUGGACUAUGCAAUGAACAGUUUAUACUAAACUCUUAAAUUUGUUACAUUCCACAAGUUUCUCUUUUCAAACAUUUAGAAAGUAGAAAUGAUCUGUAUCCAAUUAGAUUUGGUACCAUCGUGAACAGCUAACGAAAAUCUGAAAAUCAUAAGAUUGUAUGAGUGGCCUUUUCCGAACUUUAAUGAAUAAUAUUUUUCUUGAAAUGUUAUUUACAAAGGUGAAUAUUCUUCUUGAUCAGUUUUUAGUAUUAUUGUAUAACAUGUACUUUCAUCAAGACAUAGAAAUACAUUUUCUAUUAGGAAAGUUAUUGAAAAUGUUAGUUUAGCCUUUAUAGAUAUUGAAUGUUUGUAUCUGUUAAUAAUUUGUAUUUCACUUGCAUUGUGAAAGUGGAAAUGUAAAUAUUAAAUUUUUGAUAACCCCUCCCAAACAUGAAUCAAUAUUUGUUACAAAAAUAAGUUAAAAAGAAAAAAAAAAAAGAAAA